AAAACAAUGGCAGGAGUUUGGGCGGGAUCCUUCGUGUAUUUCUUGUUCGUCUGUGCGGCUAGUUCUCAGCAACUUUAUUCUGACGAAAGAAAUUAUUGCGUCCGAAAGGAUCUAACGAUUAAAACACUGAACGAAAAGAUUGAGUUCUUAAAACAGGAGAACGCAAAACAAAUUGAUUCCUUAAAACAAGAAAUUGCGAGGAUUAAGAAAAAUGAAACCAGUAUACUGCAAAUCAUCAAGUCAGAGUUAAACCUAUAUGAAGAUUGCAAGGACCUCUAUUUAAAUGGUAAUACAGAAUCUGGUGUUUAUGAUAUAUAUCCAUCUGGUAUUGAAAGCAAGGUCAGCAUCUUCUGUGAUAUGGUGACAGAAGGUGGAGGGUGGACGGCUAUCCAGAAACGUGUGAGUGGUGUGGUGUCAUUCGACAAAACCUGGACGGACUACAAGACGGGAUUCGGGAAUCCUAACGGAUCCUACUGGAUAGGAAAUGACGUCAUACAUCAACUUACUAAAAGAAGGAACUCCUCCCUCUACGUAUCUAUCACACUGAUCAGUGGGAAAAAGCUCUUUGAAUUAUACAACACGUUCUCUGUUGCUGACGAAACCAACAACUACCGACUUUUUCUUGGAGGACCAGCGACCGGGACACUGGGUAGGUAAACGGAAAAAGAAUGUACGAAU